CUUGUAUCAGCUGCACUUGUCCUGCGGUCACAUUUUGUUGCCAUAAUUCCGAGGGACUCGCUCACUUCAGAUUUCUCCUUCAUCCAUCUGCUUUUAGUCGCCUUUUUUGGGACAAAUCCUCCACCGUGUCGCCGUGUUCCGUGUUGUGCAUUCAGUGAAGAUUUUGGCUAUUUUUUGUUUUUUUUUUGGAACGGGGGGGGCCUUGUGACACCGAGUUAACCCAACAACAUCAGCAGUCGACGUUAAGACCUUCCUUCUAAUCUGUGAGGAUAAAUCUAAUUGAGAGACAGUUAUAUAAGAAGGUAAACGCUGCGCAUCUCGACCGUUCGGUCCUUUAUUUUUUUUAAUCGGUGUUUUUAGUCACAUUAUUCUGCUUCAAGAGAGCCAUAUCCCGCCCGUGUUCAUGCCAGAUCUGCAGCGUUUUAGUUUCCCGUACCAUAGCAUGAAUCCAUUGUUGGGUGCUUCGACGCAUCCCCAACAACAUCCGCAGCCGAUCCAGGCCACCGGACACCCAGAAUCCCCCUCGGGCCUCCUCCCGGACGACGUGUUCGGUUCUCCGGACUCGGCGUCUUUCCUUCUGGCUGAGCUCCCGGGGCCCGAACAUCCGGGGCCCGAGUUCCCCUCCCAGAGCACGCCUUAUCUGCACCACUUUCAGCAUCAGCAGCACCACCCCACCGUGCACCAUCCUCCCGCCGCCAUGGCUCUGCGCAACGACCUGGGCUCCAACAUCAGCGUGCUCAAAACUCUCAAUUUGAGAUUCAGGUGCUUCCUGGCCAAGGUGCACGAGCUGGAACGCAGGAAUAAAGUUCUGGAGAAGCAGCUGCAGCAGGCGCUGGAGGCCAAUAGCGGCGGCAGGCCACACACGCAAGAGGCUGGCGUGCAAACGUCUUUCGUGGGGACCAUCCCGCUCCGACCCGGCUCACUCCCCUUCCACAACACCAACAACUCCGCCAGAAGGCCCACAAGCUUGUCCUGCCUGACUCCCGAGAGCGCCUCACCCGCCCGAACCGAUGCCGCUUGUAACCCGGCAAUCACCGUCAGCCAGGCGUCGCCAUCCGCCGACUCCCCCGUGUCCAGAACCGGCGGACGGUCGGUGACCGGGGCUCCUCGCUUCCUGCCAGGCACCAUCUGGUCCUACAAUCCCACUCGCAGGUACGGCUCUGAGCGGCUGACCAGCCCGGGGGUCUCCUGGGUGCACCCGGAUGGAGUCGGGGUCCAGAUCGACACCAUCACCCCUGAGAUCAGAGCGCUCUACAACGUCCUGGCCAAAGUCAAGCGUGAGAGGGACGAGUAUAAACGCAGAUGGGAAGAAGAAUACACCAUGAGAAGCGAUCUGCAGCAAAAGAUUGCUGACUUGCAAGAGGACUUGCAGGAGAGCGAAGGCUGCCAGGACGAGCUGGCCGUCAGAGUUCAGCAGCUGAAGGCCGAGCUGGUUCUUUUCAAAGGCCUCAUGUGCAACAAUCUGUCCGAUCUGGACAGCAAGAUUCAGGAGAAAGCCAUGAAAGUGGACAUGGACAUCUGCCGCAGGAUCGACAUCACGGCCCGCCUCUGCGACGUCGCCCAGCAAAGGAACUGCGAAGACGUCAUCCAGAUGUACCAGGUUACAAACAACCAGCCGACGUUGAGCCUGCGCCGCAAACAGACGCCCGUGUCCGUCAACGGCAGCGAGGCAGAUGAACCACUUAGCAUGUCGGAAAGCAACGCCGGCGUGGCCAAAGAGGAGGAGCAGCAGCAGCCACAACAGCAGCAACAACAGCACGGCAACUCGUCGGCCAAUCAGAUCAACGAGGAGAUGCAGAGGAUGCUCAACCAUCUGCGCGAGUGCGAGUUUGAGGAUGACUGUGACAGUCUGGCUUGGGAGGAGACGGAGGAGACGUUGCUGCUGUGGGAGGAUUUCCCAGGAUGCACUCUGCCUCCUGACCCCGCCCACCCGCCUGGCGAGCAGGACGACUGUCUGGAAAAAGUGAUAAAUGACACCGAGUGCUUGUUUAAGUCCCGAGAGAAGGAAUACCAGGAGACCAUCGACCAGAUUGAGUUGGAGUUGGCGACAGCAAAGAGCGACAUGAACCGCCACCUGCAUGAGUACAUGGAGAUGUGUUCCAUGAAGAGAGGCCUGGACGUCCAGAUGGAGACUUGUAGAAGACUCAUCACGCAAAGCGGCGACAACAACGCGGCGGCGCAGACGUCGUCCGAUGACAGCGACCAGCGAGAGAGCGACAGAAGCUCGGCGUCACCCUCGUCCGGUGGCGGGAGAUCCUGACACCUGGCCGCCGCGGUCAGGUGACCCGUGCCGUCACAACGCCGCCAAACAUCUCUGUCAUCUUUGCAGUAGUCAAUAUUUGUAUCGUAGAUGCAGUCGUCAUACACCAGCUUGUCAAGUAGCCUGCUAACAUGCUAACAUUUAGUAAGAUUUGGUACAAAAUGUGAAGCAUUCCAAUGAGUGGCGGACUGACCAAUUUUUGUUGCUGCUUCGAAGAGCUUCCAUUUGGUAGCAUAUAACAUGAGAAGAGGCAAAAAGCAUUUUUAAGGAGCAAAACAAUUGACAGCGUUUUCUUGGGAGGUUACUUGUUAGGUUAAGCUAGCAACAAUGAGUACGGUAUAAAAUUGUUUGGUUUUCGUGCCGCAUGUCAGCCAACUGUUAUCAAAAACAAUCCAGUCGUCGCCACAACAGUGCUUCACUUAUUGUACAAUUUCUCACAGAAUUUUCUCCAGGUUUAUUUCCCGUGUUGACGUGUACCUCAUUCGCAAAUAAGACAAGUGAGCAUUGCAUAGCAUCAUUAUAGACGCAGUUCCACUCAUUGAUGACAAAAUGACAACACAAAUAUAGUCAAUAGGAAACAUUUUCACUCUAAUAUAGCGAGGAGCAAAUAUGUCUAGCUAGCCAAAGUCAAAUUCUUUGUUUUCCCACCAACUGUGUGGAUGGCGUGCACUUUCCCACUCAUGUUCCGAUGUCACGACUCAGCGUUUUACUGCCUUGCAGCCGCAGCUCACAUUGGUUCCACGCAGAAACUCGAUCAGGCCGCAAAGCUGCAUUUGUCAAUUGCGAGAAUGAAACGUGCUUUUUUGAUCCAAACUCGAAACGUCGCUGAUAACACGCCAACCUUUUGUCACAAUGACAAAAAAUGAUUGGUCACGUCUUGGGAAUUUUGGGACGUGUGAGCUCAUUAUUGUCCCAGCGCACUUUAACUGACCUGUGCUUUUUUUUUUUUCUUCAUCCUUACCGACGUGCUUGAUGUGAUUAAAGUCAACCUUGAGUUUUGCACAUAGAAAGGAACAAGCAAAGCAACGAAGCAACCGGCGCUAUCGCUCGUCAAGCUGUAACUGAGAAACUGUAAAUAGAAAAACUACGUUUGCUCUCUGAAGCCAUCACUGAAAACUCUUUAGCGUGCUGCUGGAAGGUGGCGAAAUGAUCAAGUUGUUCAAUUUAGGGGCAAGAAGUUACUAUAUUCCCAUAAUGCAUGGUGCUGUUUGACUGAAGCUGAAAGCUGCAAGAACGAGACGUUCCAUUUGCUUUCGAUUUCCCAGCCAGUUUGGUCGAAUGCAUGUGACAGUGUGCAGCCCAAUUGAGAAUGUUUUCAUCCAAAAUACUAUUAAGAGGUUUACCGGAGCAAAUGAAGAUGGAAGCACAAGCAGCCCAGUUGUUCUUUUGUCAAUAGUAAGGAACAAUCGAUUUCCCCGCUCUGCUUGUGUCGUGUCUUGAAAUUCAUUAUUUAGUACGCAAUAAAUAGUCCUCAGCAAUGACGUAAUGUCCCGGCUGCUCCGACAAUGUUAUCACAAGCACUUGAGUAAUGACAACAUCAAGAGAA